AUGGUCUCUUUGGAAAUAGGCAAGGAUGCCGGGAUCGACCCGGAUGAAAUUUCCCCAAUUGAAGAAGUCCGUUUAACGGUGCCCACCACCGAUGAUCCUUCGCUUCCGGUCUGGACUUUCAGGAUGUGGUUUCUCGGGCUGUUAUCUUGUGCCCUCUUGUCAUUUCUCAAUACCUUUUUCGGGUACCGGGCUGAACCCCUGAGCGUGACCGCCAUUACAGCUCAGGUUGCUACCUUGCCACUGGGUCGUUUCCUGGCUAAAAUUCUGCCCAAAAACAAGUUUCGGAUUCUGGGUUUUGGAGACCGGCAGUUUUCCCUGAACCCCGGUCCGUUUAACAUCAAAGAACAUGCGUUGAUCUCCAUUUUUGCUAAUAGUGGUUUUGCUUUCGGUUCCGGCACUCCUUAUGCUAUUGGGAUCGUGAACAUUGUCAAAGCUCUUUACCGUCGAAAGAUUUCCUUCUUGGCCAGUUGGAUUCUUGUUAUCACAACCCAGGUAAUCGGUUAUGGUUUCGCUGGGGUGAUAAGGAAGUAUGUUGUGGAGCCUGCAGAGAUGUGGUGGCCUUCCAGUCUUGUUCAAGUCUCUCUGUUGGGGGCACUACAUGAGAAAGAUAAGAGUCGCAUGUCAAGGGCGAAAUUCUUCCUGAUCGUAUUAGUCUGCAGCUUCUCUUUGUACACCCUCCCUGGCUACCUCCUCAAAAUAGCAUCCACCUUCGCGGUGCUGUGUUUGAUAUAUCCUCGUUCUGUAACACUUCAGCAAAUAGGUUCAGGAUUGGGAGGUCUUGGACUAGGGGCCUUCACCAUAGACUGGACAGUUGUGGCUUCGUUCCUGGGAAGUCCCCUUAUAACUCCAUUUUUCGCUAUUGUCAAUGUUUGUGUGGGCUAUGUGGCAGUGAUGUAUGUGGUGAUACCUGUAUGCUACUGGGUUUUUAACUUGUAUGAUGCCAAAACAUUUCCCUUCUUCUCCUCGCACUCAUUCAACGUGCAAGGGGGACCAUACAAUGUAUCAGCUGUAGUGAACCAAGGGUUUAAAUUAGACGUUCCAAUGUAUGAGAAACUUGGACCAUUGCGCAUGUCCAUGUUCUUCGCUAUUUCUUAUGCCCUUAGCUUUGCUGGUGUUGUUGCUACACUCACUCAUGUGGCUUGUUUCAAUGGGAAGGAGAUUAUUGCCAAAUUUAAAGCUUCAAACAAAGGAAAGGUGGACAUUCACACAAAGCUUAUGAAGCAGUACAAGGACAUCCCAAACUGGUGGUUCCAUGGUGCCCUUGCGCUCUCAGUGGCUCUUGGUCUUGUGCUCUGCAUAUUCAUGAAUGAUCAGGUUCAAUUGCCAUGGUGGGCACUACUGCUGUCAGCAUUGCUUGGUUAUGUUUUUACACUCCCAAUAAGCAUCAUCACGGCCACCACAAAUACGACACCUGGGCUAAAUGUUAUAACCGAAUAUGUGUUCGGUUUACUGUAUCCAGAAAGGCCUGUAGCCAAUGUCUGCUUUAAGACUUAUGGAUAUAUGAGUAUGAGCCAAGCUAUUUCUUUCCUACAAGAUUUUAAGCUAGGUCAUUACAUGAAGAUUCCGCCAAGAGACAUGUUCUUGGUGCAGUUUCUUGGAACCAUGAUUGCCGGGACAAUCAAUACUGCCGUGGCCUGGUACUUGUUGACAAGCAUUCCGAACAUAUGCAACACGACACUUCUUCCUGCUGAUAGUCCUUGGACCUGUCCGGGCGAUAAUGUGUUCUAUACUGCAUCGAUUAUCUGGGGGUUAGUAGGACCAUACCGAAUGUUUGGGCCACAAGGAUUUUACCGCGCCCUCAACUGGAGCUUUAUAAUAGGUGCGGCAGCUCCUAUUUUGGUGUGGCUGCUAUACAGAAUGUUCCCCAAACAGAAGUGGAUCAAGCUCAUAAACUUUCCAGUACUUCUUGGUGCAACAGCGAUGAUGCCUCCGGCUUCUUCUCUCAACUACAACAGCUGGAUUAUUGUGGGAACUAUCUUCAACUACUUCUUCUUCCAAUACAGGAAGAAAUGGUGGCAGAAGUACAACUAUGUGCUAUCAGCCGGAAUGGAUGCUGGCACCGCUUUCAUGGGUGUGCUUUUGUAUUUCUGUCUAAAUUUUGGAACCAUACAAAUUGAUUGGUGGGGAGCGGGUGAUCACUGCGACAUUGUUGAUUGCCCAACAGCCAAAGGUGUUGUUAUUCCUGACUGUCCAGUAGUGCAAUAG